GUAGGAGCAGUUUCUCAAAGACUGGUGUCUGUGCAACAGGCGAAUCACCGGGAUUCUAACUCACUGAAGGCUCGUCUGCUUUUGAAACUGUUGCGCACACUCCCGCUGUGAUGUCCCUGCUGUGUGUCAGAGUAAAGAAAGCCAAACUUCAUGGGCCUCCAGACAAGUUCAACGCUUAUGUGACUUUGAAGGUGCAAAAUGUGAAGAGUACAACUGUCACAGUCCGUGGGGAUCAUCCCUGCUGGGAACAAGACUUCAUGUUUGAGAUCAAUCAUCUGGAGUCGGGUCUGGUGGUGGAGCUGUGGAAUAAAGGUUUGAUCUGGGACACUAUGAUCGGCACAGCACUGAUACCACUGGACACCAUCCGACAGUCUGAUGAGGAGGGACCAGGAGAGUGGACGUCUCUGGACUCUGAGGUGUUAAUGAGGGAAGAUGAGAUAUGCGGUACCUCCAACCCAACUCCACACCAAGUGCUGCUUGACACCCGCUUUGAGUUACCCUUUGAGAUCCCUGAAGACGAGGCUCAAUACUGGACCAGUAAACUGGAGCGGAUCAAUGCUAUGCGGAUACAUGACGAGUAUCCAUUGCAGGAAGAGGUUCAGAGGAGACGAUUGGCAUCUGUGCCCUCACAGUGCUCUUUCGAUGACCGUGACAGUUUGAUGGAUGACCGCGAUAGUGACUACCGCAGUGAAACUAGCAACAGACCUCCAAGGUUCCACAACACCUCUCAGACAAAUUCAUCAGUGCACCAGUACCCAAUAGGACACAGGGUCCAACACCAACCCCUUUCCAGAGAGUCAGACUCUACACAAAGCUAUGAACUGGACUAUAGAGAAACAAGGGGACCCAGGUAAA